AUGCUGAACUCAGGUUUUUUGCUGCUGGUUUCUUUUUCGGUAAGAUUUUAAAGUUUUUCACUUUGAUUGCAUUUUGAUAGGGGAAGGUGAAAAUAAAAAUAUUUUAUUUCAAACUAUUGAACUGUGAUUUUUUUUUUCAGAUUGGUGUUCGUGCCAACAUCUUCGAUUGCUACCCAGGUAUGGUUUUUUUUCAGACUCACUAUUCACAGUGGGACUUCUGAAUGAGACGUAGUCAGAAGAACUUUUCUUUCAGAGCUUCGAGCCAAACUGGAGGACCGUCCAAAAACUCAGAAUAAAGGGGAAGGACGUCAGGAAGAUCUUUAUGGAGGCUAUGGAGGAGGACAUGGUGGAGGUCAUAAUAAUGGAAAUCAUGGAGGACAUCCUGGAUAUCCCGGAGGCCACCAGGAAGCUUCAUGUCCGACCGGAUGGGAGAGCUACAAACGAAAAGGCAAUCGUAUUUGGUGCUACAAGGUUCUACCCAUUUUCCUAAUUUGAAAGGCUGAUAUUAACUGGUACCAUUUUGAUGACGGGCUGCGCUAGAUUGAGACAGAAAUAUAAAAUAAGCUUUUUUUUCGCAAGAAAUGUGGUUUAAGAAUAGUUUUAAUGAUAAACUUUCAGGUGAACAAGAUCAGAACAGUUUGGGAGAAGGCACAGUUGCUGUGCCAAGCAGAAGGAGCUUCAUUGAGCGGCUUCGAGUCAGACGAAGAGUACGUCGCUCUUCAAGGUAUGGUUCGAGGAAUUAUCGAUUUCUCAAGUCUCUUCUUUGAUCUAGAGUCGAAUAGUUGAAACAACUUUCUCCACAAGAAAAAUUUGAGUUUUCAAUAAAAUUGGAUUUUUAAUCUGAAACUUGCUGCUACUCUCACCAACAUCAAUUUGCCAACUGGACUAUCAAUUCAUUUGAUGGUUUGGCCUUAUAGACCUUCGUGUUGUCCCCGUUACUGUAUGUGGUGAAACCUGAAUCUGAAGGGAGAGUGGCGAGGCCAUUAAAUCUGUUCGAAAAGUAUAACUUUUCCAGUUUACCAAAAACCUUACAAUAAAAAAAAAAUUUUAAGCUCGAUAUUUCGAUUUCCAUGACUUGUUGUUUCUGGGAUAGUACUUGCGAGUUAGACAUUUUUAAUUCAGCCAAUAUCGCUUGGACGGGUACGCAAAUGAAAAUACUUUGAAGUACUAGGGUGGAAGGCUUGAUUUCUAACUUUAAAAAAAUUGUAAUACGUUAAAUCCACAUGAAAUUAUCUCUCAGCGUACUUACUGAAGAACUUGGGUAAGUCCCAAGUGUUCCUGGGCGCGAAACGCAGAGCGGUUUGCAACACAAAGCCUGAAGAUGACCCGUACAACGAGAAUGCGGCCAGUCCUUGCAGCAAAGAGAAUGUGAGACGGAAGAUUCCCUCAAAGCGACUAAAAUGGACCUUCCAGUUGUUCGAAUGGGUCAAUGGUGUGUCGAAUAACAACCUGGUGAUCAGUCGCCACUGGGACCCGAUAAAUCCUUCGAACAAGAAGCACCACGAGUACUGCCUCACCAUCAUGAACUACGGUUACGUCAACAACAACAUGAUCAACGACAUCGAGUAUGUCGAGCAGUUCAUUUAUUUCAUAUUCAAUUACCUAAUAGAGUCUCAAUGACGGAAAAAACAGCAGUUAGGCAAAGAAGUUGAAAAAUUAUCUCCUAAAAGUUCGGAAUCAAAAACUGUUUUCUAAAGGCUAAAGAAAGGGCAGAUGUUCAAGCUUUUUCGCUGAGUUUGUUUCACAAUUCGAGUACCACAAAAUUAUUGAAAGCCUUUCCAUCCACCGCCAAUUUAAAAUGAAAUUGAAAACGAAAGAGAAAGUUCAUUGGUGAAUAAACCUAUAAAAAAUUGACAGCUGGAAUGAACUUUUAGUGUAACUUCAUUUCUGUUGCUAAAAAAAUAUUUGAAACUAAAUUAUGACAGCGAUAUCGAGUUGAUGUUGAAUUAAAUGAUGAAAAGGGUUCACUUUUUAGGUAUCAAAGUUUCAAAAGUUAGGACCUCAUUCAAGUUUUUUUGAGCUGAUAGAUUUCUUUUCAAAGAAUAAGGACCUACAUUUUCAAUUUUAGAAUGUAAUCAAAUGCAAAAAAAGAAUUCAACGAACAUUUGGUUCCGCCGACCAUUUCUCUCUCUUUUACAGCUGCGCUCCUCGGAAGCUCCCCUUCGUCUGCGGCAAAUUCGCAAAAGCCAUAUGA